AUGGCCGCACGCCUCGACUUCGGUCCCAAGUCUGGCCGCCAGAAGGUCGUCGUGGCCCCCCCCAAGAUCAACCUGCGACGGGCCGCCUCGUACACCAACCAGGAGCGCGCCGGUCCUCUGUCCUCAACCUCGUCCCGCUUCAACUUCAACCACCUUCUCUUCUCUCCGCCGCCCUCGCCGAGCCUGCCGUCGCUCGUCAGCAGGCCGAAACGGUCGUCGUCGCCCAUCUUCACCACCCGACCGCGCCGCCUCCUCCGCCUUCUUCUCUACUUGUUCGCCGCCGUGGCCGUCUUCUACGCCGCCGCCUCUGCCUUUCGCAUCCGAAAUGUCCCGCCCGUUGUCGUUUCGUCCUCGGCCGCCUCGAGCCUGCCCACGGUCGGCCGGGACCUCCUGCCGGACUUCCCGACGCCCGUCGUCAUCAGCGACAGCUGGAAGCGAUGGAAAUGGACCCUCUCCAUCCCCCACGAGCACGAAUUCCCCCUGUCCAUGCAGGAGUACGCCGGCAUGAGCGGCCGGUGUCGCGAGGUAUCCAUGCAGGCCCGGGCCCGGAGCCGCGACGCGCCGCUGUCGAACCAGAUGACGCUGGCCGACGGGAGCCCCGACGACCGCUUCGUCGACGUCGAGGAGGCCGAGAGGACGGGCCUGCUGCCCGCCCCCGCCGAGGGAAGACCGCCGAAGCGGUCCGGCCACUUCGUCGGCCUCGACUGGGAGGCCAUGGCUGGUGCACCCGUCUGCCGCUCCUCGCUGACCUACGUCCUCGAGAGCCCGGACGCCGGAUUGGGCGCCGCCUUGAUGGCAUCCUGGAUCCUCUACGCUCUCGCCGAGGAGCACGGCCGCGCCUUCUUCCUCGACGACUCGAGAUGGGCCUACGGUGCCUACGAGGGCAUCUUCCAACCGCCCCCCGCGCCCCGCUGUCGACCUCCUCCGAGGCACCACAUGCUGCCCUGCCCGACGCAGGCCCGGCACCUCGUGGUGUCGAGCGUCGCCGCCCACGAGGCCAUUGCCGCCUUGGUGGCCAAACGUCGACGGAAGGCCGUUGUCGGCGGGGCCGGCGGCGAGCGUCACCUGCUCGAGCUCGCCCGCACCGGCUACCUGGCCCUGUUCCAUCUCGUGCCGGAAGACGAGGGCUACGUCCGAAAACGAGUCGUCGAGCUCGAGCGCAAGGCGGACCUGGCCGGUCCGAGACCCCGGCGCGCCCCCAUCAUCGGCCUCCACAUUCGCCGCGGGGACCGACACCCGAUCGAGUACCAGUACCGGGACACCUACAUCCCGGCCGAGAUCUUCAUCAACCGCGCGCGUGGCCUGGCCGAGAGGCACCUCAACGACACCGCCGUCGACGGCGCCCCGGUCGAGCCCGUGCUGGUCGUCGCCUCGGACGACCCCAUGGUCCUCAAGGGCGACGGCUUCUCCGACGCCCUUCAGGCCCAGCAACGCAUCCGGCUCGCCACCGGGGACGCGGCCGAGGCCCCGAAGGCGGCCAAGCCGGACCCGCACGUGCUCCACCGCUUCGUCGACGCCGCCGAGGGCUGGGAGGGCGGCUUCUUCGCGUCCAUGUUCUGGAACCUCGGCGCCGACCGGCGGAACAAUGCCGCCGCCACCCCCGCGCCGGGGGACAUGUCGGCGCCGUCGAGCCCGGCCUCGGAGCAGACGCUGAAGCUGCGAAGCUUCAUCGGCCGCGCCUACGUGAUGGACCUGGCCGUGCUCGCCCGCUCGAGCGACCACGUCGUGUGCGCCGUGAGCGCCAUGGGCUGCCGGCUGCUGGCCGUCAUGAUGGGCUGGGAGCGUGGCAUGGAGCAGGGCCGCUGGGUCAACGUCGACGGACGAUACCCCUGGAACGGGCUCGGCUGGUAG